GGAUAAUUUUUGGGGCCCUCGCUCGUAACAUCGCGUCAUAAGCCCGGAUUCCUUUCUCUUGUCAACCCACCACCGUGCUAAAGCUGCGCACCCCCAGGAUGCGCGACAAUUGAAGAGCGAAACCGCCCAGUAAUCCCACCGGACAUGUAGCGAUCAGACUAGGCGUCUCUAUGACGGAAACCAAAGAUGCGGGCCUCCCACCCGCCCUCGUCGAGACGAUCGCCGGGCUCUCGGCCGGUUCCAUGGCCACCCUAAUCGUCCACCCGCUUGACAUUGUUAAGACACGCAUGCAGAUUUACCGUACGGCUUUAUCUUCUGCUUCCUCCUCCUCCGCAGGCACCAAGUCUUCCCCUCCAACAACAGUCUCCCUCAUCCGCUCACUCGCGCGCACCGACCGCCCCCUGGCGGCCCUCUACCGCGGCCUGACGCCGAAUCUCGUCGGAAACGCGACGAGCUGGGCCUCUUUCUUCUUUUUCAAAUCCCGCUUCGAGCGCGCCAUCGCCCAUCUUCGCGCCGCGCAAAAAGGCCCAUCCCAGAACCAACAGGAGGAGAAAUGGUCUCACGAACUGGCCGCUCAACAGCGACAACUACUACUACAACAACAUCACCGAGGGGAUGAAGGAGAAGAUGGAGAGGUCGACGCACAGGCGGAGCCCUCCGCCCGACAACAACAACAACAACAUCGCCUGACCCCGGCCGACUUCUUCGUCGCCUCCCUCGCCGCCGGCGCCGCCACCCAGGUCAUCACCAACCCGAUCUGGGUCCUCAAGACGCGCAUGCUGUCGUCGGACCGCUCCGCCGCCGGCGCCUACCCCAGCAUGUGGGCCGGCGCCGUCCACCUGGUGCGCGAGGAAGGCGUCCGGGGCUUCUACCGCGGCCUCGGCGUCGGCAUGCUGGCCAUCAGCCACGGGGCCGUCCAGUUCGCCGUCUACGACCCCGCCAGGAGGAUGUAUCUGGCUGGAAAGAACAGGCGGGAAAGGAGAAUGCGGGAGGGGCAGCAGCAGCAGCAGCAGCAGGGACCGAGAGGGGUGAAGGACGACGAUGAUGACGACAGGGCGGGCGGUGGUGCGGCGCCGUCGCCGGCGGCGGUGGUGUCGAACGAGGCGACGAUCGUGCUGUCGACCGUGUCCAAGCUGGUGGCGGGCGCCGCGACGUAUCCGCUACAGGUGCUGCGGAGCAGGCUGCAGCAGCAUGACGCCGAGGAGCAGUUUGGGCGGGGCGUGUCCGGGGUGGUGAGGAGGUUGUGGCGGGAGGAGGGCGUCAGGGGGUUCUAUAGGGGGGUCAUGCCCGGCGUGGUGAGGGUGCUGCCGGCGACGUGGGUGACGUUUCUGGUGUACGAGAAUGUAAAGUUCUAUCUGCCGAGGUGGGUGCAACACGAGGACGGGCGGGUAGAGGUAUAGUAGAUACGGGCGGCGUCGGCGUUCUGCAUCAUAGAUGGAUGUGUUCUCGUGGGAGUGGUGGUGUGCUACUCGUUGGGAUCAACAGCAGUAUUCGUGUCAAUCUCUU